UAACAACUGUCACUGCUCUUUGUUAUUCUGAAGGCAACUUCGAGACGGAAUAGAGUUUGUUUGUUUCGGGCCGUAAUAAAAAGUCGUAGUUUCUAUUUGCUGAGCAACUUUCACAAAGAAAAAAGUGCCACAAUUGUGUUGAAAGUGUAAAAAGACUCUAGCUUCAAAAUGGGAGCCGUUUUGGGAUUAGUUUCAGCGGCCAAUCUGGCAUGCUGCUGCACGGGAACGGCCUGUUCGUUGUGUUGCUCCCUUUGUCCAUCGUCGCUCAAGUCCAAUUCGACCGCUACCCGAUUCAUGUAUGCGCUGAUGUUGGUACUCGGGGCCGUUGUGGGGGCCAUCAUGUUAGCACCGGGGUUGCAGGAACUCCUGCAGAAAGUCCCAUUCUGUACGAACUCCACGUCGAGCGCUUCGAAUAUUAUACCGGCUAGCGAAACCAUCGAUUGUAGCUCAGCCGUGGGAUAUCUGGCCGUGUAUCGUAUCUGCUUCGCACUGGUUUGCUUCUUCGCUCUUUGGGCGGUAAUGAUGAUGAACGUCCGAUCAUCGAAGGAUCCCCGGGCGGCUCUUCAGAAUGGCUUCUGGGGCAUCAAGUUUAUGAUCGUUAUUGGCAUUGCAAUCGGCGCAUUCUUUAUCCCGGAGUCGGGCUUCGGACCGGCCUGGAUGUGGGUCGGUAUGAUUGGAGGGUUCGCCUUCAUUUUGGUGCAGCUGGUGUACAUCAUCGACUUUGCGCACAACUGGGCUGGAGCAUGGGUGAGCAACUACGAGGAAGAGGAAUCCCGUGGCUGGUUUGCUGCUCUUUGCUGUGCUACCGGCGUACAGUACGGGCUGUCGCUGGCCGGCGUAGUACUUAUGUUCGUGUACUACACCCAGUCGGAUGAUUGCGGGCUGAACCAGUUCUUCAUCAUAUUUAACUUAAUAAUGUGUGUCGCUGUGAGCAUCCUGUCCAUCACGCCCGCGGUACAAGAGCACCAACAAAAGUCGGGCCUGCUACAGAGCGCGAUGGUGACGCUUUACACGAUGUAUCUGACCUGGUCGGCCAUCGCUAACAACCCGCAAGCCGAAUGUAAUCCCGGGUUUUUGGGUAUCAUUGGUGAAAAGUCAAGCAACAAGGUGCAUUUCGAUAAGACCAGCAUCGUCGGACUCAUCAUUUGGUUGCUCUGCAUCCUCUACUCAUCGAUGCGGUCGGCCAGCAAUGUUUCGCAGUUUUCCGAUCCGGAAAAGCAAGAUCUUACAGCUACCCUCGAAGAUGGCGCGAGCGGCAGUGGCUCUCGUGGUGGCAAUGAGAUCCUAGACAACGAGGAGGAAGCCGUUGCUUACAAUUGGUCACUGUUCCAUGUUGUGUUUAUCACAGCCACACUGUACGUGAUGAUGACGCUUACAAACUGGUAUCAGCCAAACUCUUCGCUCGAUACACUCAAUGCAAAUGCUGCUUCCAUGUGGGUAAAGAUGGUUUCCAGCUGGAUGUGCAUUUUACUGUACGGAUGGACGAUGGUCGCCCCGAUCUUACUUCCCGAUCGUGAAUUCAACUAAAAUAAUUAAUGUUCUACGCUCCAUUUCCAAACUUGAUUACUCAACAAAAUCUACCUUUAUAGUAGAACAUUAGAAAUUUUAAGUUUUUUUUUUUUGUUGCAUGAAUUACAUAAAUGUGAUAUGAAUAAUCUUUUUUGGAGGAAGGGAACGAACGACGAUGGCUAGGCAUAGGAAGGCAUUAUUAUGGUGCAAAAUGUAGUAAUAUGAGCGUAAAGAAAUAUGCAGAUCCAAACGUUAUCACAUAAUCUUUCAACUAACAUUAAUUCUAUAUUUGUUUGUUUGCAACAUUUGGUUUUUAAAUUUCCAUUCAUCAAUGUACAUGGUGUUGUAGCGCACCGUUCCAACAUUGGUUGGAUGUGCGUAAGCGCGUAUGAACCGAAGCAUAUAUAUGGUGUAUUAUACAUUCAUCAAAACCGAUGCUACCACCCGGAACAACAACAACCAGAUGUGAACUUUAACCAUCAAUAAACUAAUGACUCGUUGGAAACCAAA